AAUUAGUUCGAUAACACACUUUGUUAUGACCGCACGACGCGUUGUCGCUCCUCAAUAAUAUCUAUUAUCUCUUAAGUGAUGAAAUAAAUGUAAUAUUUAAUUUAAAAUGGCCGCUAGUUUUGUGAAAAGGUGGUUGAGUGUUGAAGAUAAAGUUUUUUUAGUGACUGGAGGUGCAGCGGGUGUUGGGGCGGGGAUUGUGAGGGCGCUGUUACAUGAAAAUGCCAGGCACGUUGCCUUCCUGGACAUCGCAGACAGAGAAGGUUCAGCUCUGGAGUCUGAGCUGAUAACCAAGUAUGGAGCUCUAAAAGCCAAGUUCAUAAAAUGUGACAUUUCUGAUGAUGGCCAAUUAGCUGCCGCUUAUAGACAGGUGCUUGACAAGUACCGGAGACUGGAUGGAGUUAUCAACAAUGCUGCCGUACUGACUGUGGACGAACGAAACAUUAGGAGAAUGGUUGAUGUUAAUUUUACUGCAACAGUCAGCAGUACAAUGAAGGCGCUGGAAAUUAUGGGAGUCAAUAAGGGUGGUGGUGGGGGCACCGUUAUCAAUAUCUCAUCCCUGUUAGCACUCAACCUUGGCAGUCAUCUCCCAGUGUACGCUGCUACUAAAACUGCUGUUCUACAGUUCAGUAUCGCUAUGGGCGCAGAGGAAAGAUAUUCAGAGAGCAAGGUGCGAGUCAUUACAGUGUGCCUCGGACCGACAGACACGGCCAUUUUAAAUAGAAGUAACUUGGACAACUUCGACAAAGAUCAGCCAAUCGCGUCCCGAGUAGCCGUCAGACAGAAGGUUGAAUCAGCUGUAUCAGGCAUACUGAAAGUCUUAGAAGAAGGAAAAUCUGGUUCCACGUGGAUUGUGAAGAACGAUCAACCGGCUUACGACUACACAGAAACGUUAAACACAGCAUUUGCAGUCUUAUCAGAUACAUAAAUACUUUCGAAUUUAAGACUUACUGUGAUUAUGAUAAGAUUAAAAAUUGAUUCCGUUUGCGAGUUUCUC